AUGACCUUCGACCUUUGGUUCACCUUCCGGUGUCGUGGUCAUUAUUGGGUUAUACCUGUCAAAGGAUACAGAUUAAGAUCAGCAAAGAGAAAAGUCCAGGAGAAACUAGAUGUGAGCUUCCAGUGGAGUCAUAUAGACAGCACUAAAUUCUGCCAGCACCAUUUUGUAACAACACAUGUGAAUUUCAAUGGGGAGCAUGUCGGUGGAGCUCCUCAUGCUGUCAUACCAGAAGUGGAAUUCCCUGAUCAAUUCUUUACAGUUCUAACCAUGGACCGUGAAUUGGUGACAUUCAGGGAUGUGGUCAUCAGCUUCUCUCAGGAGGAAUGGGAGUAUCUGGAUUCUGCUCAGAGGGACUUGUACUGGGACGUGAUGAUGGAAAAUUACAGCAACUUGGUCUCACUGGACUUGGAAUCCAAGUAUGACAAAAAGACUUUAUCUACAGAGAAGGACAUUAUUGAAAAAAAUGAUUCUCAGUGGGAAGUAAUAGAAAGUAGUAAAUUAGUUGGCCUUGCGAACUCCAUUGUCAGAAAUGAUUGGCAAAGCAAAAGGAAGACUGAAGUGCAAAGACCUGAAGUGGGAUAUUUCAGUCAAAUGAAAAUCAUCUCUGAAAAAGUACCCAAUUACAAAAAUCAUAAAUCUCUUACAUUACAACAAAGAAUUCAUGAUAGUGAGAAGCCCUGUAAGGAAUAUGGGAAGGUCCUUAGUUGUGACUUAAACUUUGAUGAAUAUGAGAAAAUAUAUACUGAGAAAACCUCUGAACAUAGUAGAUAUUGGAAAACCUUUGGAGUAGAUGACCCAUAUACCCUACAACUGAAUAUUCAUACUGGUGUGAAACCUUGUAAAUGUAUGGAAUGUGGGAAUGCAUUUAGUUUUUAUGAAGACCAUAGUGUACACUGUGAUGAUCAGAAGUGCUAUAAAUGUAAGCAAUAUGGAAGGACUUUUAGAAGAAUUGAAAAAAUCACUGCACUUCAAAGAAUUCAUGAUGGUGAGAAACCUUAUGAAUGCACUUUCUGUAGGAAAUCGUUUAGAGUGCAUGCACAACUUACUAGACAUCAGAAAAUCCAUACUGAUGAGAAACCUUACAAAUGUAUGGAAUGUGGCAAGGACUUUAGAUUUCAUUCACAACUAACUGAACAUCAGAGAAUUCAUACUGGUGAGAAACCAUACAAAUGUAUACAAUGUGAGAAGGUCUUUAGAAUUCGUUCACAGCUUAUUGAACAUCAGAGAAUUCAUACUGGUGAGAAACCUUAUGCAUGUAAAGAAUGUGGGAAGACUUUUGGAGUCUGUCGGGAACUUGCUCGACAUCAGAGAAUUCAUAGUGGUAAGAAACCCUAUGAAUGCAAAGCAUGUGGAAAGGUCUUUAGAAACAGUUCAUCCCUGACUAGACAUCAGAGAAUUCAUACUGGUGAGAAACCAUAUAAAUGUAAGGAAUGUGGGAAAGCUUUUGGAGUAGGUAGUGAACUUACUCGACAUCAGAGAAUUCACAGUGGUCAGAAACCUUAUGAAUGUAAAGUGUGUGGAAAGUUCUUUAGACUUACUUCAGCCCUUAUUCAACAUCAGAGAAUUCAUAGUGGUGAGAAACCUUAUGAAUGUAAGGUAUGUGGGAAGGCCUUUAGACAUAGUUCGGCCCUUACUGAACAUCAGAGAAUUCAUACUGGAGAGAAACCUUAUGAAUGCAAGGCAUGUGGGAAGGCCUUUAGACAUAGUUCAUCCUUUACAAAACAUCAGAGAAUUCAUAAUAGUAAGAAACCCUGUGAAUGUAAGGAAUGUGGGAAUGCCUUCAAUGCCAACUCUGCAUUAACUGAACACUUUAAAAAUGCCCAUCUUUCACACUAUUAUGCACAACAGCUAGCAGCACCAUCCUCCCUUCUUGCCAGUAAGCAUCUGCAGAGGCCUUGUGUAUGCACAGCCUAA